CUGGACGUAACAUCGACAUGGCGCCAUAGCUGUUGCGACUUGCGACACAAUAGCGUGACAAGUCAUGUCAUUUUUGCCCAUGAUACAUGAAAAAAUCCAAUGGCAGAUUCUUUUUUCGGGUUCGAUACUUCGUUAUCGAACUUAAAUGAUGAUGACUGUGGUGCUGAACCAUCGGAGGAGGAGUAUGAUGCUCUUAACAAUGAGACCUUUGGACAUGAUGAUGAUCUCGAUUGGGAGGUGGAGCAUGAGCAACACGCAAACCAGGUGGAGAGCAGUAGGCGUCAAAAUGCUAUGGAUGAGGCUGAUUCACGACUUGAAGCAUCAUUAUCUCAGCUAGUCUUGGAUGAUGGUGAUGUCCAGCCAAGAACAUCUCUUGGCUCCAGUGUGUGGAGACAUGAUUUUUUUCCUACACCACCUGUGGCUGCGCCUCCACCUCUUAAGAAUGUUUGUACCGUGGAGGAACUGGAAAGACAAUUGCGGCAAAACCAGCCACCUCAAAAUUACAACCAAAAUUACUUUCAGCCAAGGUUUCCACCGGUUAUUUUACAAAGACCACCUGGUCUACAAGCGCCGGUUUCAUUACCUUUCGCGCCUCAACAGCCAAUUGGUCAUAAUCUGAAUCAAAUGAACAAAGCUAUGGGUCAGAAUCUACCCAACAACCAGCUAAUGAACCAUUUACCACAAAAUAUGAAUUUGGGACAAAGCAAAUUGAACCAAUUUCUGCAAAACAAUCAGUUUCAAAAUGUGGGACAUGGUAUGAUUAACCAAAUGCCACAAAGUAUGAACCAGAUGGGCCAGAAUGUCAACCAGAUGGGUCAGAAUGUCAACCAGAUGGGCCAGAAUGUCAAUCAGAUGGGUCAGAAUGUCAACCAAAUAGGUCAAAUGCAUUUAAACCAAUUUCAGAAUUUAAAUCAAAAUCAGAUGUCCCAAAAUUUUAAUCAUAUGGGACAAAAUCAAAAUUCUAAUCAAAAUAUUAAUCAGAUGGGUCAAAACUCCCAUCAAAUGGGUCAAAAUGCCAAUCAGAUGAUGCCAAAUGGGAAUUUUGGCGGAAAUUUUCACAAUAUGGGAAACCCUAGAAUGAUGGGACCUCCACCUGGUAUGGGAAUGCCGAGGCAGAAUUUUAACUCAAACGCUAAUCAAUUUAAUCAGAAUUUUCGGGGCCCACCACCAAAACCCGAACAGAUAAAGGCUAAACAGAACCAAACCCAAUCACCGAAGAAGCGUCCGGAACCAAAAAUCAAAAGUCAAGUUUACAAUAAUUCCCAAAAGCUGACAUCGCAGAAUUUGGUUGAAAUGAUUCAAAAUACUCAUCCGAUGUUGAUGUAUAACAGUUUUCACAAUGCCAGUCAUCAUCCGAUGCUGGGAAGGAAUUUUAACAACAUCAUCCACCCGAUGUUGGGGCAGCGGAAUGGUGGAUUUAACCUUAGUCAAGACUCCACCAGCGAAGACGGAAGUACGUCAAGCGAUGUCGACGAAUACGCCGGUUUGAUGACGCAACGCGAGAAACAAUGGCUCAUUAAUAUACAGCUGUUGCAACUUAAUACGGGAACACCCUAUAUACACGACUUUUAUUAUACGGUGUUCUUAGAGAGACAAGCAAACAAAGAGAAAGCCGGUAUCAAAGAAGCGCACAAGGCCAACCAACAGAACCAUCCCUUCUAUAGUGGAGGUGUUAAACAAGAAGACACACAUAGACAGAGAGAGAGACACAACUCGCACAGACACAACUCGACAAGUGAAGACCAGACAAGGACAUAUGUGCCGCUGCAGUUUGAGAACUCAUUGGGGAAACUACAGUGCGGCAGUGUAACAGCCCCUCGAAAGAUCAUCGACGUCGAGGUAGUGGGUUCAGAACCAGCUGGAUCACGAUUGUCACGAGCACCCAGUGUUGCUAGCUCCACUCAUCCAUCUGAGAUACCUCGUGAGAUGAAAAGAACGAAACAACUCCUAUUGGACAUCGAAGCUCUGUACCUUAUUUUGUUGAGGCUGGAGGAACUCAAUGAUCCGUUGGCGAUAUCUAAUGCACUUAUAUUGAAGGAAAGAGAAGAAAAGCAGAAGCAACUGGAAGCUGCGCAGAAAGAGGCUGAAGUGCAAGAGGAUGAAUCGAAUGUAUUCUUAAAGAAUAUAGAGUCGGUGCAAAGAAGGCCUAAACAAGAUAGUCCGAAGAGUGAAUGUGUGGAUAAGAGACAGGUAGUGAAUCUGGCGAUAAAUCAAAAGCCGGUUCCCGUGAAAAAUCUGUUGGAUGAGGACAGGGAUGAAUUACUCAGCAAAAUGUUCACCGGCCUAUUGUAUGGAGACAGGCUGGCUCAGAUGUUGACUGUGAGAAAGGGACGGGCUCUUGUCACCCGUUUUAUCACCCGUGUCCCGGCGACGCAUUCGCGACUUCGCUUCUUCUGGUGCCGUAUUUUACGCGCUCUGCCUUCCACAAGAUGCAGGUUCGACUCCCGGGUGGCUGAGUUGUCGGAACAUUUUCGCAAAUAUAUACAAAACAGUUCGGCAUGGAUUGCAGUGUUGGAGUGUUGUGGAAUUAUAGCUGAAACUCUGGAUCCUGCUAGGACCCCGUAUGCGCUAACGAAUCCUCUAACUCUGAGCUGCGUUUGCGCAUUGGCCGAAAGAGCAAUGGUCCUCUCGAACACGCCAGAAGCGACAUCUAGCGAGCGACAGUGGUUCAAAUUUCUCAAAACUGUCGCGAGAGCGCUCAAAAAUACCACGUUGAAUGUGGCAAAACCGGUUUCGCCGCUGUCAGAGACCAAACUGCUGCAUCAUAUCAAGCAGAUGGAAUCCAGAAGUACCAUAGAGAUACUCCAAAGAGGUAAAAGGGCGUCCGAUUUCGCGGAUUUGACGAAAAAUGACGUUUCCGAGCUUUUAAUAAGGUUCUUGUGCUAGACGUAGAUAUACAAAAUGGCGGUAUUUUCAUACUAUUUCCAUUUUGAAUGUUUGAGGUUCAAAAUUCUAUAUAAAGUUUGGAAGAAAUUGGAAAAAAAUAAUUGUAAAAUGCUUGACAAAAUCGUGUGGUCUCACUCUAACGCUUAUAUUUGCUAUAGUUGUGAGUGAGAUAGAAUCAUGCAUACUAAAUUCACCACGUGUCCAAGAUUCGGUACCCAGAAGGCUGUGUUAACACGUAUGGAGACUUUUCGAAUAACAAUCGUACAUUUUAUACGUAAAUAGCUGACUAACUCUUCUAUAGAAGUUUUGAAAUACAUAUGUAUUAUAAACCGCAAUAUAAAAAUGUAACGGAACAAGCAAACGAUAAACUGUAAAAUAAGUCAUGUGUCAAGUGUCAAUAAUGACAGAUGUCAUUCUGGAAAAUGACACGUGUCCACGCAAAUCGAUCCAUCAAAAUGUGCUCUUGCAGUGCUCUUUUUUAAUUGUCAUCAGGACAUUACAUUAAUUUCGUGAAAUUCAAUAUCAUUUUAAAGUUAAGAGUUGAAGAUCCCUCAAAGGUUCAAAGUUCAUUAAAAUUGGCUCAAAAUUUGAUUUUGACAGACGUUCAGCAUUGUAUUGACGUCUCUUUCUGUAAUUGUAUUUUAGCUUUGACGGAAAGAGACAAAACUAUUUCAGAUCUACAUACGUAUAGAAAACAGUGUACACAGUUUUUACUAAAAUCUUCUGUCUCAUCUUUACAGCGUGUUAGAUAGAGACGAAAAAGUGCUAUUGGGUUGAGAUUUUUUAUAAUAUUUUGAUCGCGUGGUGGAUUAAUUGGACUCUGAACUACGAUUAGUGGAAUUGGGCAAGCUUUUUAGCACAAAUAUUCGUUUUAAAUUAUUUUUAUUGCUUGUAAAUUACGCAAAAUUGUACAUAUGCUCGAUUUCACAAUUGCCUGUCUCUCUCGUUUAUUAGGGUUUGGAGAGGGAGGGAUGUAUUGUCGUUCUCAUAUUAGUUUGGAAGAAUGACAGGUGCGGUCACACUGGAUUUUAUUAUUGGGAAUAAAACCUUUUUAAAUAUUUUUGCUCAAAAUUUUAAUUUGAGGGUACUUUAUUCAGUGUGGUCACACCGAGACGCUUUUUUUAAUUAUGGCAAUUUUAGUUUUAACGGUGUUGACAGUUUAUCAUGAGAAAUUGCACCCGCAAAUCACAAAACGUCUUAUGGACAUAACUUGGGCCUAUCACUGACAACACCGACUAGUGAUGCGGCAAUAGAUCCGUCGAUUUUAUCGAUAGAUUUAUAAUUUAUUUUAAUCCAUUUAUUUAUGUAAAUAUUAAGAAAAUAAAUUUUACCCAUAGAUUUAGUUAGCUUAUGUUACGAAGUAAAAAAAUAUGAAAAUUCGCUUUUUUAUUAGUUUAAUAAAUCCAUUGAAUUUUUGAAACAUGGAACAAUAAUAUGUUUAAGGUCCAUAAAAAAUUCAUGGAAACAAAAAAAAACGGUGGAUUGACCUUUUCGCUUUUCUAGACUGUGAUCGAUAGCUUUUUUUACAGAAUCGAUAUUUCUUAGAUUUUAAUUUGUUAUAUAAGCGCAUGGUAUAAUAUUAAAUGGUCUGACGCUCUCUAUUUAACUUAAAUUGGACUACUGUAGAUAUAUCAAUCAGAAUUGUCAAAUUUGAUGUCAAGCACAUUUAAUAAAUCACGCAAUUUCCAUAUCUUAUGAUGACUGUGUCAAUGUCAUAUGACAUUACACGUCAAAAUCACUGCCUUAAUCAUUCUAAAUAUGUGUGGUUAAUAGAAUAUUUUAUACAAAUUAUAUAUUUAUAGAAGUGAGAUAUAGAGAUUUAUAUGAAGUUAAAUUGCAUUUUUUGUUAUUAAACUAUAUAGAAACGACUACGGUUAGUAGAAAUAACGUGGUGUUAUUGAUAUAGAACUCGGUAGACGUGACACACAUUGUUAUUUACAAUAUAUUAACUCCAAAAAAUUGCACUAGACUAAUAUAAUUAGAGUAAAAACAGUUUUAUAGUCGGCGUCAUACCUUAUGUUAUUGUAACGUGUAGGAAAAGUCAGUCCAUCUCAAAAUCACAUUAAUAUAUUUGUUUCGACUAAUGUGACUUUGUUUCUAGGUUUAGAUAUAGUGAAAUGUAUAUGGUAUGAUGCAGCAUAUUAUAUCUCGAUACACGUUUUGAAAUUACGAUUUUGUUAACAUUCAGUAAAUGGAGUUCGCUGUAAUAGGAAAUGGGAGAAAUUCUAAAUUUAAAUUACGGAUAACAGUAAAAAACCGUAAAAACGAAUGGUUGUCCGUAAUUUAGAUAUAGGAACGCGGCGUUAAUUGCCAAUUGUUGUAAGUUAUUUUGGCUUGUUUGUUAUUUUUUUAACGACUUUUGUUUCGUGUAUGAGAGAUCCGAUUAUAUAGUUUUUUUUACUAAAUAUUAGUAGUUUUUAGUUUAUUUUUUAUCGGUAAAAAUAAAAUGGAGAAUUUGUUUAUGUA